UCCAGUACAGUAGGCGGCGGUGUAUGCAUCUUAAAUCGGAUGCGAUACACCAACACAAUCCCGAAGAAGUGGCAUUUUGACGUUUCAACAUGCAUGUGAUUUGUAUAUCCGAUCUAGUCGUCUAGAUUCGUUUUCAAUCGGUAGUUUAGCUUUCUGUGUGUGUCUUGUUCUUGCUAAACCUCAUCACGCUGCGUCUGGUGUGGAGAGAGGACUACCUAACCAGCCAGUGGGAUAGAUAUGCAGUAGCAACAACAAGGAUCGUGUGAAAUGAUGGGCUUUUUAUUUUUGUUUCACUACGAAUCAAAUCUAACCAGAAGCUUAAAUUGUUACAAGAAAAAAUAGACAGCUGUUGUGUAUAGAAUAGCACAGCAGACUUCGUUUGCUGCUUGUGGUUUUACCCACACCCCUCUGAUCAGAUACAAAACGCACAUCAGGGAAAAUGGCGGACUUUGAGAAGGACGAAGGACUGCCCCAAACAAUGCAGGAAAACCAAGAUGACGAGGAGCCUCAAUAUACUGAUGACGCAAAGCCAAGCAAGACGCAAGACGACGCAAGUUUGGAGGAAAGGGUAAUUGAAGAGGUCAGAAGGUACAACAAUUUGUACAACACCUCAUUGAAAGACUAUAAAGACUUCACUAUGACCAACAACAGCUGGAAGGAGAUAGCCAAAACUCUGAGAGUAGAAGAACAGAUUUGCAGGACGAAAUGGAAGAACCUGAGAGACCGAUAUGUUCGACAGAGGAGGAAAAUGAAGGGGAAGAGUGGGGAUGCAGCGUCAGAAAUACAACCACAAAUACUCACCACGCUGUCCUGGCUGUCUGGCUUCAUUAAACACAAGGAGACGAAGGUAGAGGAGAUGGACACCUCAGAAGACCUGCAAGAUGACAACCUGAUAGAGCGGGAACACUUCCACAGUUCUAAUAAUGAGCAGCAAGAUGGACAUUUUGUAGUUCGGAGUAAAAUACGAGCUAGAGCUCCCGGAAAGAGAACACCAUCACAUAGCAAAACAAUAAAGGAGAAGGAAGAGGAGCCCCUAGAUACUGAUGACUCUGAUGAUUGGAUCGAGGGUUUCAGUCCUGGAGGAGAGAAGCCACACUACUGCUUUGACUGCAGUAAGAGCUAUAGAAAAGUGAGAGAUCUUAUAAGACACCAGAGAUCACAUACUGGAGAGAAGCAUCACCACUGCCCUGUUUGCGACAGAAGUUUUGCUCAAUUAGAUAAGCUUAAAUUACACGCAAAAAGACAUAUGAAAGAGGAACAUGUCACACGGCUCGAACAGGCAGGACUGAAUAUAGACCGUGUGAACACACCGCAGAGAACUGCCAGCAGAGGCAGGCAGAAGAGUCAAAUUCGAGCUAGUGCACCAGGGGGGGAAAUGGUCCAGUCACAGCCAGGCAAAGACUCGCCUUGCAAAAGUUCUGUUAGAAAGAAUCAACACGUAGAAAAAGGACAACAACCCCAAACAACACAGGAGAAUGAAGAGGAUCCUGAAGAUACUUCUGAUGACUGGACCGAGAGUUUCAGAACUGUAGAGAAGCCCUACGUCUGCUCCGACUGCGGUAAGAGCUUCAAACAAGAGAAUCGUCUUAUAAGACAUCAGAGAACACAUACAGGAGAGAAGCCUUACGACUGCCCUGACUGUGACAAAAGUUUUGCUCGAUUAGAUAAUCUUAAAUUACACCAAAAAACACACAUGAAGGAGGAACGUAAUUUCCACUGCUCUGACUGUGUGAAAAGCUUUGUCCUAUUGGAACAGCUUGAAAAACAUCAGCUAACACACAAGAAAAGUUACAGCUGUUCAAAGUGUGAGGAAAGGUUUUCAGACCUGGUUGACUGGAAAGCACACUUUUUAGUACACAGAGAGAUCCUCCACUGUCCUGACUGUGACAAGCAGUUCUUGUACAAGGGACUUUUUGAAAGACACAGGAGAACACAUUUGAGAAAAAUAGAAACAUUUCUCUGCACAAUAUGUGGGAAGGAGUAUCGCAACAUCAAAAUACACAUGCGAGUACACACUGGUGAGACACCGUAUCACUGCACUGAUUGCGGGAAGAGUUUUCCAUACAUAAAAUCGUACCAAAGACACAUACUAACACAUACCUCUGGAGAAAGAGCAACCUAUCCUUGUUUGGAAUGCGGAAAGACAUUUACUCGCAAAGAUGGCAUGGUGAUGCAUGUGAGGAGGGUUCAUACUGGAGAGAGAAAUCAUCAGUGCAGAUACUGUGGAAAACGAUUCUUUCGAAAAGAGAAACUUAAGGUACACAUGCUAGUUCACACUGGAGAGAAACCAUACCAAUGCUCUGUCUGUGGGCAACGCUUCUCUCAAGAUGGUGACAGAAAACACCACGAGAAGAGGCACUACUCUGGUGUCUCAGAUUUCCUCGAUCUAUAAUGCAGAAGUGGGGUUGCAGGAAGUGGGAACCUACCUAAUCACUGACAAUCUAAUAAUCUGUUAGCUAAAAUGUUAACAGAUUAUUAGGAUUUACAAAACCCUAUUUUUCCUUCUGACCUCUUCAAUUACCUUUUCCUCCAAACUUGUGUCAUCUUGUGUAAGAUUUACAAAACCCUAUUGUAAUGGGAAUUUUACUGUUUGUGCUUUUCUUAUAACUAAUUUCUGUGUUCUAUUCAUGUGCUGUUCUAUAAACCAAUUUCUGUGUUCAAUCAAUUUCAAGUGGUUGACUCUUAUCAGUAACUGCAAUUUGGCAGUAUACCCAGACAUUGUUUUGAGAACAAACAAAAUAUAUCUGUUUCAACGUCUCAGUUUAGAGAGAAGCCUCAUGAGGUGUUAGUCUGUCACAUGUUAUGAACUAGUAUUGGUCAGUCACGUGAAUGAAACAAAAUAGUAAUGAUGAAUUAAUUAUGCUAUAUCAUGCAAAUAUAACUUGUCUGUGUCAAGCCAUAUAUAAGACAACUGCUGGGACUGCUCUAAAAGAGCUCCUGAGUUGGUUGGAACCUCUCCAGUGCGCUGACAAAUGAACAAUGAUUAAUUUAAGAUUGACUUUGAGUGUUCUUGUGUAAGAAUUUCCACAAAUAAUUAGUUCCACCUGAAAUUGACCCUGAAAAUAUUACUAUUCUAUAUUUUCCCAUUAAGCUUUUCAGCAAUUAACAAUGUGUGCAGUAAUUUAGAUUGGAGUCUGUGCCUCGCUAGCAGUAAUAGAUAUGUGCAUGCAGGCAGCCUGCGUGCUGGAGUGCAUCGGUCAACUUUCCAUACAGCAGUUGGGACAGAGCGCAGGUAGUCUGCACAACAAUACAGCUGGAAAACAAAGACAGUUUCUCAAAAUGUACACAAAAAAACUAAAAGAUUUGACUGCUGUGGUAGUUCCUGUUCUCCUGCAAUCUUGUUUGACAUUUGUAAGUAAAGCAGUGGCAUGUUUGGGAGAAGAAAAUCAAGGAAAUAUGUUCUAAACAAAUAUCAAAAUGGAUUAUGGUCAUUGUAGUUAUUUACCAUUUUUGAGCUAAACUAGGUUGAAUAUUUUUUAAAUAAAAACUCUGCCUCCCAACACUGUGGUAGGGUAGCCUAGUGGUUAGAGUAUUGGACUAGUACCUGAAUGGUUGAAAGUUCAAAUCCCUGAGCUGACAAGGUACAAAUAUGUCAUUCUGCCCCUGAACAAGGCAGUUAACCCACUGUUCCUAGGCAUCAUUGGAAAUAAGAAUUUGUUCUUAACUGACUUGCCUAGUUAAAUAAAGGUACAAAAAUAAAUAAAAAAUACAAAAAUGGAUCCUGACUUGAUUUCUGACUUGAAUGAUUAGAGAAACAGUGCGUUAAGGCUCACAUACACAAAACAAAUGAAAUGCAAUUCAAGUAAUUGAAGCGUCGUCGGUUAAUUAGUUGUUUAAUAACAAAACGAAAUGUUGGUUAAUCGCUCAGCACUAGUAGAUUCUGACUUAAAUAUUUUACUUUUUUACUGUGAGUUAUAGUUCUGUUGUGUCCGGCAUGCCCACAUUAUGCCAAUCGUUAAUUUAUUUUAUAUGCUGACAGUAAUUAUCAUGAAAACUGAGGAGGUUGGUGUGUUGCGGGCCAUCUGGAAAGUCCUAAAAUAUGCCCCUGCCGUAAUGGUGGAAAAGGAUGCAAAGUAUGAGCAAGUUGCUCUUUUUUGAAGACAUCUCUAUAGGUGGUUACACAGUUUACAUGCGUGCAUGUUCGUGGGUGGAGUCAUUUUUGGGGGCAGCGGACUCUUGCGUUACGCCCACAGAGGAAGUCCGCCUUGUGUCGUGUAUAUCCAUUUGGUGGCUUGAGCCAGAUUAGUUUACCAAGCAAAAUGGGACGAAGCACUAUUUUAUUUACUCUAGCUAGCGACGAAAUUUGAACUUCCGGAUCCGGUGUUAGAUGCUCUUUUUUUUAUACAACGGUGGUGGUGGUUCUAAUCCAAAAUGCUGAUUGGUUAAAACCGCAUUCCAGCCAGUGUCUAUUCCACAAAAUUAUUAUCUUCACUGCAGAUCUGACCCAUCACAUGAUUCCUCAAGAGGACCACUACACUCCAGAUCGCAUUCUGUGCUCAGAGGUCCUUGAUGGCGAUCUACCCCAUCACACCACUCAUAUUAAUCAUUAAUCAAAUAAAACAAAUACAAAUAUAUUGUGUUCCAGUAUUUCUAUGCAUGUAAUGUCUAUGGGUGAAUUAUGAAACAAUUACUGUAUGCAGAUGUGCAAAAAAACUGAAGUAGAUUUGUUUUUGCC